UGGGCGUAUAAAUACAGGCCGGAGGCAGAGGAGAAGCUCAGAUCAGACUGCACACCAACCGAGGAGGAACUCUGACUCUUCAGCGAUGGCGCCCACUGUGUUCGGACAAGCAAGCAAGGAACACCUGACUCCUGCUCAUAAGCUGAGGAAGCCGAUGGUGGAGAAGCUGCGCAGAGAUCGCAUUAACACCAGCAUCGAGCAGCUCAAGUCCCUGCUGGGUCCCGAGUUCCUCCGGCAGCAGCCCGACUCCAAGCAGGAGAAGGCCGACAUCCUGGAGAUGGCCGUGGCCUACCUGAGGGGCUGGCAGCACCAGCAGCACCAGCAGCACCAGCAGCACCAGCAGCACCAGCAGCAGCAGCAGCAGCAGCAGCAGCAGCAGCAGCAGCAGCAGCAGCAGCAGCAGCAGCAGCAGCAGCAGCAGCAGCAGCAGCAGCAGCAGCAGCAGCAGCAGCAGCAGCAGCAGCAGCAGGCCGGCCUCACCUCCAGCCUGAUGACGGCCGGAGACGGCUACUCCCACUGCGUCCAGGAGGCCGUCAGCUUCCUGUCCCACUGCCAGGUCCAGACCCAGGCCCACCGGCUGCUGCUCGGCCACUUCCAGGGUCUGCAGACGUCCAGCAGGACCAGCCAGAGCCCCGGCAGCCCUCCUGGCUCCCCCCUCCACCGGGGCGGCUCCAGUAAGGGUGUAGGCCAGGCCAGCUGUGCCCUGUGGAGGCCCUGGUAGGACCCUGGUGGGACCUCCACCCUGGUGGGACCUCCACCCUGGUGGGACCUCCACCCAGAGAGAAAACUACGUCUGUGAAGGUCAUGGGCAGAAAGUUGAAGACUCCUGAAGUCUGCUUGCUUCUGCUCCUGCAGGAGAAUCGCUGUUGAUUGUUUUACGUUGUUCCUGUGGAAGGACUGAACAGAUUCAGGUUUUACUGAAUAUAAACACCAUGUGUUUGAAUGUUAGACAUUUUAUUUCUAGAGUUCUGACUCUGUGCUUCUGCUAAUUGUUCCUUUGGGGAAAUUAACUCACUUUCUGUUUGUUCUACAAACGUCUCUGCCUGAUAUGAACCAUGUUGGUUUAAAUCUGAGUCACUCAUUGAUUGAUUGAUGUGUUCACUGUUUAUCUCUGAUACUGAGUAUCACUGACUGAUUUGUUUCAUCAGUUUGCUGCUGGUGAAUUAAAAGGAGAACUACAAGGAUCCCAUGGAUCCACGUUUACUGUAAAUCUUAUGAUUAUCCUUUCCUUUAUGAUGACUGUCUACCCACUGUCUGGCCUGUGUGAGGAGUGUUACUGAUGUUACUGAUCUGUUUCCUGUCAUGUUCAUUAUAGAUGUGUUUCAUCUUCUGUUUACUACCUUUUAUAAAGGUGUUUUAUGUUGAUCUUUGCUAUAAAGAACCUGUUGUGUUGCUUCCUCGAGAAGUUUGCCUUUAAAAAUAAGAAAAAAUAAAUGAAAAACUUCUCAUGAAGUUUUGCAAACAUAAACAA